CUAGCAGAUGUAACAUUGGACAUUUGAAACAGUAUGGGGUUAACGCUAGUAGCCACAAGAUGACCCACAACAUCAAUCUGAUUGAAGUGUCAAAAUAUGGCACCAAUGUUGCUAUCAUUGAGUUCAUUAAACAAGCUGAAGACGCGGGCUACACUUUCUAUCAAGACGCUUUAGACUUUUCUUUAAUCGAAUCUUGCAACAGAGGCCUCAAGACCUUGGAUCAAUUCGUCGUCAGUCUAGGCGCAAAUGUCAACAAAAAAAGAGAAAACGGAGACACGCCUCUGCAUAUUAGUGCUGGUAAAGGUUUCACAGAUAUUUGUAGGUUACUUCUAGCAAAGGGCUGUGAUAUUAACGCACUAAAUGAUGAUGGGGAUACGCCUCUGAUGGCAGCAGUUCAGCCGUCUGGUUCUAUUGAACUUAUUCAUUUGUUGUUAGAGCAGGAUAACGUUGAUAUAGAUCACAAAAACAAAAAUGGCGUCACGGCUUUGAUGAAAGCUUUCGAAGAUGGACAUAAGGAUGUUGUGAAUCUCUUGCUAAAUUUUGGAGCUACUCUAGACGGCAAAGCAGGAUCUACUGGUACCGAGACAGAGAAUGCAAAUUAUAAAGCAGGUAGACUUAACAAUGUCCAUGUUACACAGUUAUUGAGUAAUGUCAUAAACGAUAACACCUUGAUAGCAGCAGCUAUUGUCAAUACAAUUUACUUAUCACACAAUAGUUACGGCAUUCUGGUCCAACUUUUGGCGUCCAUCAAAAACGGAAACAGGUGCGUGAAUAAACACGUUCUUCAAAUUUUCCAAACUCUGAUUAAAUGUGGAUUUGACGUAAACUGGAAGUCUGAUUCUGGUGAGACUCCUCUGGUUCUGGCUGUGGAGAUUGGAAGUGCAGAACUUGUUGAGAUGUUGUGUUCGUUUGGCGCCAGACUCUCCGAUAAAGAGGUCACAAUUGCCGCCCGACAAGGACGUAACGACAUCAUAUCAUUGCUGUUAUACUACGGCGCCCCAGCCUGUGGGUCGGCCCUUGAAACAGCUUUAGCUUCUGAACACAUUGACACGGCACAAAACCUGAUUCAACACGGUGUGGUUUUAGACGUUGCAGUGUCCAUGACUACGGCGGUUAUCCAAUGUAGCAAAGACGCAUUAAGAUUUAUUGCCACUAAUUACCCCAACGAAUCAAAAAAGAUCGCGGAAGAUACAAACAGAGGCUUGCUACACGCAGCAGUGAAGCUAGGCGAUGUUGAUAUUGUUAACAUUUUGUUGGACUUGAAUGCUGAUGUUAAUGGUGUUUACGACAACAAAACGCCUUUACUGACAGCAAAUCACGAGACUGUGAUUGAUCUGUUGGUGACCAGAGGAGCGGAGGUAAAUUAUAAAGAUGAUGACGGGAUGACUGCGCUGCAUCACGUUGUAGAAAACAAUUGCUUUGAAAAAGUUAAGAUUCUUGUACAGAAUGGAGCGGACACAAAUGCUCAAAAACUAUACGGAAAAGCACCUUUACAUUUGGCGACCUUGGGUGGUAACAUUGAGAUUAUUCAGUUACUUCUACAGAACGAUGCAGAUCCCCAGUUACAGGAUAGCGACGGGGACACACCUUUAAUUAUUGCUGUGAGGAAGGCCGAGAAAGAUCCAUGGAAUGGUCAAAGAGCAAUUGAAAUAUUGAUUGAAGCUAGUUCCGACUUAAUUGUGAGGAAUCGUAAUGGAAACUGCGCGUUACACAUAGCGGCACAUCAGGCGUGUCACGAGGCUUUGAGAAGUUUAAUUGAUGCCAAAGCUGAUCUAAAUAUAACUGACAAACAUUCUGCCACAGCCUUGUCCCUAGCUCUAGAUCAACUUCAUAUCUUAGACUAUGGUUUCGAUUGUGUCUCCAUUCUACUGGAACACGGUGCAACUGUCCAGUUUGUCCACCCUGAAAUGAUCCACCGACUGACGUCACUUGGGUGGAGCAGAGUCGUACAGCAGCUCAUCCAGCGAGGGCUGCCACCCAGUGAGAUCGUGUUUUUAAAGAACUCGUGUGGCUGGCCCACAUCCACCCCCGUCACGCCCUUCUCUGUGGCCCUGUUGAUGGAAAACAUCGAGCUGGCCAGUUUUAUGCUGGACGUCUGGUACUUGACGCCGUCUGAUGUACGGACACUGUCUGGUCAAACGUCUGUCACAGACUCGUUGAGGAGAAAAGCUUUGUUUCGGUCAGUCAACUUUCUGGAAAAGGCGACAGUAAGACUAUUGACACUAGAACAACUUUGUUUCAUUAACCUUUCCACCUACAUUGGUACUGAUGCAACUAGAAUGGAACAAAUUGACAAGAUGCAUUUACCGAACAUCUUUAAAAACAAGCUGAAGUUUAAUACAACACAGAUCACUCUGGGCUAAAAAGAGUAUCCGGAAGACCAACUCUUGUACUACUUUAUUGAAAUGUAUGGUAG